AUGACUCUCAAGGCGGUGCUGGUGGUUGUGGUGUUGGGCGUGGCCCUGGCCGCCGCCUCCGACCCCUACGGGACUCCAUCUGUACCAAACCCCGGAUACAAGCAGCCGGGUAUGCCGCACGACUUCGCAUACAGUGAUAAGGACGACUACUCCGGGACCAACUUCAACCACAGAGGUACCUACAAUGUCGACCACCCCGACGGACGCAAGAAGACGGUAGGAGACUAUAUCACAAUGAAUCCCCUCAUACCCGACCCAUCCCCCAUACACAACCAAGCCUUCAUACCCGACCCAUCCCCCAUACACAACCAAGCCCUCAUACCCGACCCAUCCCCCAUACACAACCAAGCCCUCAUACCCGACCCAUCCCCCAUACACAACCAAGCCCUCAUACCCGACCCAUCCCCCAUACACAACCAAGCCCUCAUACCCGACCCAUCCCCCAUACACAACCAAGCCCUCAUACCCGACCCAUCCCCCAUACACAACCAAGCCCUCAUACCCGACCCAUCCCCCAUACACAACCAAGCCCUCAUACCCGACCCAUCCCCCAUACACAACCAAGCCCUCAUACCCGACCCAUCCCCCAUACACAAACAAGCCCUCAUACCCGACCCAUCCCCCAUACACAACCAAGCCCUCAUACCCAACCCAUCCCCCAUACACAACCAAGCCCUCAUACCCGACCCAUCCCACAUACACAACCAAGCCCUCAUACCCGACCCAUCCCCCAUACACAACCAAGCCCUCGUACCCGACCCAUCCUCCAUACACAAUCAAGCCCUCAUACCCGACCCAUCCCUCAUACACGACGAAGCCCUCAUACCCAACCCAUCCCUCAUACACGACCAAACCAUACCCGACCCAUCCCUCAUACACGACGAAGCCCUCAUACCCGACCCAUUCCUCAUACACGACCAAGCCCUCAUACCCGACCCAUUACCCAUACACGACCAAGCCCUCAUACCCGACCCAUUCCCCAUACACGACCAAGCCCUCAUACCCGAUCCAUUCCUCAUACACGACCAAGCCCUCAUAUCCGAAACCUUCCCCAUACACGACUAA